AUGUCGAGCAGCACGCCAGUGACAGGGAAACGGAAAAGAGGCAACGAGGACACGAACUAUCCUGAUGAAGAAACCACUGAGACCACCAGCGAGCUGGGCCUUAAGCUCGUCGGCCAGCUGAAGAGGUCGACAGACAAGAAUGGACGCGAGAUCGCCCAUGCUUUUCUGGAUCUGCCAGACAAGGAUGACUACCCAGACUACUACGAGCAGAUUGCAAUGCCGCUAUCGCUCAACGGCAUUGAAGAACGACUAGAAGCUCGCAAGUACAAGACUCUGACACAAUUGGAGGGAGAUCUCAAGCGACUCGUCCAGAAUGCAAAGGACUACAAUGACAGCAAAACGAAUCCGAAAAGCUUGUCCAACUUCUUUCCCAAGCACAAUCCUGACUAUCAGCUGCCGGACUACCGAGCUGUUCCGACGCCAAUUCCUACACAUCUGUUAGACCGUAUGAGAGAAUCGUCUGUUUCUACCAAUGGCACUGGCAAGCUCAAGCUCAAGAUGAAAGCAUCGCGGUCAAGUAUGGCACCGUCAGCGGAACCUGAUGUUCCUGACGCCGGAGAGGAUACUCAGGACGCAAUGAUAGCUUUGCUCGAAGAUCUUUCUGUCCAAGAAGGUGCCAUCAACUUCGAAAAGCGGCCUCCUAAGCGUGACUAUCCAGACUAUUACAGGAUCAUAGACCGACCAACCUCCAUCUCGGAUGUGACAGCAAUGGUCAACCAGGGUAAAGUCGCAGACUGGAAUGCGUUGGCGCGUGAAGUUAGACUGAUCUGGAAGAAUGCAAAGGAGUACAACGAGCCUGAUUCCGACAUAUAUGCCAUCACCGAAGACCUUGAACAGUGGUUUGAGGAACAAGUACAGGCCGCCGGCGCAGAUUCGCCAAAGGCGCCGCAGCGACUUUCGCUGAGCCAACCCAAGAAGACUGGCUUGAAGCUAAAGCUCGGUGCAUCGAACUCCACGUCUAUCGCUGGUGGAUCGGUUGACAGCGAAUCCCUUCGAAGGCAGAGAGACGAGACAGCUCAGGCACUCGGAAGAGCCCGAGGUACACCUGCACCCGCACCAUCAACGGCGCCGAGCAUGACAAGGAGUCUGUCAUCGGUAGAGCCAAAUGGCGACACCAUUGUUGUCAAUGGCGCGGGCCCUGCGACGCCCGGUCUGGUUAACAGCAGUCUGCGCGGCUCGAUACCGCCACCGAAGUCAGCAACUCCAGCAACGAAUGGCAUGACUAAUGGCCAACCACAAAUCAAUGGCAUCCACCCCUCGAGAAGUGUGUUCACCAUCUCCGACAACCCGAUGGAGCGAAAGUUCAGAGACCAAGGCAAAGGCCUCGAUACCGCCCUCCUAACCUCAGUAACCUACACAACCCACCCUCAUCUCCCCGCCGACCCCAAAUGGUCCCUUACCCUCCCCGCCGACCCCCUCCGAACCCAGAUCUCCUCGUUCAUCUACCUCCCGCCCACUCACUACUACUUCCGCCUCACCCCGCAACUCUCCCCGGAGCUCAAAUCCCGCUCCAGCUGGAAAGUUUGUGUUUCGUCGAAUUGGAAUACAGUCGCGGAAAGCCCGCAUGCGUCGGGGUGUUAUGAUUUCCGGUUGCAGCCCGGGGAGAACACGAUCGUGGUGGAUGCGAUUGCCAGUUUGAGGGAAGGGGAGAGGAAGGAGUAUGCCCCGGCGCAGAUGCAGUUUGAUUUUGAGCGGGUGACUUUGGUUGUUGUGCUUGUUGAUCGAUUGGAUUCGUGA